GACUUAUUUUGAGUCAUUCGCUACUUUAAUAAGAUAAUGCGUGUUGUAGGUGGUUAUUGAUUAAACUCGGAAUCCAGGAAGGCAUGCGCGACUUUCUUACUUGUAAAUCGUAGAGCAUGAUGUUUUACAGAGCCUUGCGAAUCUUUUUCAAUUUUUUUACGAUCUUUUACUGUGUGACCGGUGAAACGUUAACGAGGAAAAAUGAAAUACGCGUCGGCGUUAGAAACAAUUACCAGAUGUGCCUCGACAGCUUUGAUAUUCACAAGGAUAAAAUUAUUAGGACGCACGAAUCCCUCGACAUGGGUGCCAAGUAUUUAAACGAGAACGCGGUCGAUUCUAAGGAUGACUGUUUAAAAUUUUGCUGUGAUACGGUUGGCUGCGAUGUGUUUAUCUUUGAGGAAAAGAAACAUGGAAAUUGCUACUUGUUUCAAUGUGGGCCACUACAUGAUUUUAAGUGUAAAUUCACUAGACAUGCUAAUUACAGUAGUGCAUUGCGUACCAAUUACAAUACACAAGGCAACACACAACUGGAAGAAGAAAUUCGAAUUUCUCAACAAGAACACGAAUUAAAGUCUCUUAGGAAAUUGGCAGACCCAGUGCAGGCAGAAUAUUCUUUCACAGAACCUUCUAUAAAAUUAAUUGAAACUUUAACACCAAAACUAUUGUUAACAACACCACCACCUGCUAAGCAAGCUUGUAGCCGCAAUCAGUAUCAAUGCCGCACAUCUGGAGAUUGCAUAGCAGUAUAUAAUGUUUGUGAUGGUAUCCCACAAUGUGCAGAUGGAUCUGAUGAAGCAGCAGACCUUGUAUGCCCUACAGAGAAACCAACAAUUUCUCCUUCUAUGAUACAAGGACCUCAGCCACCUCCACCACUUCUACCUGUUGAUAUUAUAAAAUAUCAACAGAUGGUUGAUCAACAUAAAUCCCUUGCUCCAUUGUAUGCUCGUAUCCCAGAAGUUAAUCCUAAGCCAUGGGAGCUACCUAAUUUAGCUCAUCAAAUAAUACCACAGCAACAACCUCUUUUAUAUCCAGCACAACAGAUGGAACUACCUCAGCUACAUAAAGGUUUUGGUGCUCCUGGAUAUCAAUGGGAUUAUCAACCCAUGUAUGAACAAAACAAAGACAUGUACAACCCUGUUAACACUUUUCACGAACAAAAUAAUUUAAAUCCUAACGAACAGGAUCAGUCGCACAUUUUUAAUCACAAAGGAUCUAGCGUUAUAGGAGAAAAAGAAUCAGACACCGGUACAUAUUUAGAUUUAAGGCAUCCGUAUGCGCCACACUUCGUAUUGCCAAAUAGAGGUCCAUGGCAAAACACUCAAGUUUUCCCAUCUCCAUCUCCAAUACCGAAUGUGCAACAAAAACAAAUUAACGAAGUCGAAAAAAAUGUUGUUAUUACUACAACUCCUCCUUGUGACGUAUCGCAUGAACAAACGGAUGUAUCAAUGAAGGGCAAAGAGAUUGAGGAAGUUAAUCGACAAGAAGAAAAGCACGGUGUUCAUGAAAAAGAAGUUAAUCAAAAUAAUAUUAAACAAAGUACAUUAAAAAAUGAAAUUACAAAGCUUAGUCACAUUCAAGCUAAAGAGUUCAAAGAACAUAAAAGUGUAAUAGUUAUUAAGGAUCAUAUUAGAGAACAUGGAAGAAAUGCUUUAAUGGCUGAUCAUUUGAAGCAAGUGAAUGAAAAUGAAGUUUUAAGACCUAGAGGAGCAGUCAUAUCUUUGGCAUUAGGACUUACGAUAACAGCUAUUACAGCAACAUUAAUAGCUUGCCGUUUGAGAGUAGUUCGAAGACGUGGAAGACGUCAUGGGCCAUAUGCUCAUGAUGCAGAUUAUUUAGUUAAUGGAAUGUAUCUUUAAGUAAGUACGAAUUUGUUUAAUCAAUGGAGUCUAAUAAUAUUUUCCUACUACUUUAAACAAUAUCGUAAUAAAAAAAUGCUUUUAUUGUAGUAAUUUUAUUUAUUUGGACAAAAUAUUUCAAUGUAUACCUAAUAUUUAUUUAAUAUUUGGUAUUUGUCGAAAUUGUUAUUCUGUGUAUAAAUACACUUUAUGUACUAUAAAAUUUAUAUAUUCAUAACAAAUAUUAAAAUAUUUCAUAAAAUGAAGUCUUGUUUGAGUAAUUUACAUUUGUCAAGUUAAUAUGUCGAUUCGUGUAUUAAAGUCGAGUUUGAAAAAUAUUGACAAUACAAACAGAAAUAUAAGUUUAAACAUUUUUGAAUAGCGUAACUUUUAAUAUAAUGUUGAAUACAAAAAUUCUAUGUUAUAAUUUAAGCAGGUUUAGCACAAUAAAACUCUUGUCUUCUUAUAAGGAAACAUAAAUACAUGUAUGUAUAAUUCAUA